AUGUCAGCAAUACGCAACCUGACAACCGUGGCAAGAUUUCUGUCCCGAAGGCAGACACCAAAUCAACGGUUGUGGGGUGGUUCUUUCAUCGUGCCCGCCCGCUCUAUGCAACACUAUCCGAUCGAUGAGUCUCUGUUCGGACUGACUGAGGAUCAGCAACAGUUGCGCCAGACCGUGUUCAACUUUGCGCAGAAAGAGUUGGCCCCCUUUGCGCAGGAGAUCGACAAGCAGAAUGAGUUCAAGGAAUUCCGCAGCUUUUGGCGUAAGCUAGGUGAACUCGGAGUGCUCGGUGUGACAGUGAAACCAGAAUACGGAGGACUCGGCGGAUCCUACCUUGACCAUUGCAUCGUAAACGAAGAAAUAUCGCGUGCAUCAGGUUCGAUCGCAUUGUCGUACGGUGCUCACUCGAACCUGUGCGUGAAUCAAAUUCAUCGCAAUGGUACGGAAGAGCAGAAGGCGCAUUACCUUCCCAAACUGUGCAGUGGCGAACAUGUCGGUGCACUGGCUAUGUCCGAGGCGGGUGCCGGUAGUGAUGUCGUGUCGAUGAAGCUGCGUGCCGAUAAGCAUGGUGACUAUUACGUGUUGAAUGGUACCAAAUUCUGGAUCACCAACGGACCAAAUGCGGACACGUACAUCAUUUAUGCGAAGACGGACAUGAACGCUAAACCGCAGCACGGCAUUACGGCUUUCAUUGUGGAGCGUGGAACGGCCGGAUUUUCGCAAGGUCCGUCACUGGAUAAACUCGGUAUCCGCGGUAGCCCAACCGGUGAGCUAAUUUUCGAAGAUGUGAAGGUACCAGUCGCGAACAUUCUAGGAGGACUGAACAAGGGUGUGUAUGUGCUGAUGUCCGGGUUGGAUCUGGAACGUCUCGUGCUGGCCGCGGGUCCGGUCGGACUUAUGCAGGCGGCCUGCGAUGUAGCGUUCGAGUAUGCGCACACGCGCAAACAGUUCAACACACGCAUCGGUGAGUUCCAGCUGUUGCAAGGCAAGUUGGCAGACAUGUACACGACGAUGAAUGCAUGCCGUGCGUAUCUGUACUCCGUCGCACGUGCCUGCGAUGGUGGUAAGGCCAAUCCGAAGGACUGUGCCGGGGUGAUUCUAUACUGUGCCGAGAAAGCAACCCAAGUCGCACUGGAUGCCAUCCAAAUUCUUGGCGGUAACGGAUACAUUAACGAUUAUCCAACCGGACGCAUCAUGCGUGACUGCAAGCUGUACGAAAUUGGGGCCGGUACGUCCGAAAUUCGGCGUAUGGUAAUUGGGCGCGCACUGAACAAGGAGUACCAGUGA